AAACGUUUACAUCAGUGACAUAGCAGUGUACUUUAAUAAGGCCUUUCUGGCCAUUCCCAGGACCGUUUGCACCAGCAAUGUAACUCAGCCCACACUACUGGAUGUUCCAUGGAAGGAGCAUUUAAAUGUUAUUUUAAAGAGCCGAUUUAAUAAGCCGAUGGACGGUCAGGUAUGGGCCAAUUGUCGCAAUCUUCAAAACGCCAUUUCGCUGGCGAAAGAAGGCGCAAAGUCGAAAUUGUGGAUUCUGGACAAAGGCAAUGAAUUCUGUCCUGCUAAACUUCGUGCCUAUAAUAUGUUCCAUGGUAUUUUCUUGAAUGAAGACACAAUAGAAUUGGCCCAAGUGUCGAAAUCCAAUUUAAACACCAUAGUGAUAGAGGAUGAACCAACGUUGGGAAAUCACAGGGCAUUCAUUGCAAAUGCCGGAGACAAUAAAGUAUUAGUGUGUUACUUAAGUGCGCUGGCUUGUCAACAUCUGAGCCUUUUAUCAGGCGAAAAUAGUGCAAACCCUGGAAUAGUGGACUUGUUGAGUAUAUCCAGAGUCGAUUCCAGAAUGUUUAUGACUAGCACUCGAUCCAGAAAAGUUUAUUCUGUGGAUUUAGAUCAA